AUGGCACCACUGUUCCCUGAUUUCCGCAAGAUCCGGAAAAGGAUGAAGCGAUCGCUGAACUAUGGGACGAAACAACCUGCUACACUCAAUUAUCCACUUUCUCAAUUAAUCGUUGACUACUUUGACAAGAAAUGCACAUUCGACUAUCUGGAACCCAACACAUCUUCUAUGAUCUCCAAAUGUGGGUUCGCCGAUCCCUGCACUCUCGUCGUCGCACUUGUCUAUUUGGAUCGUUUGAGAGACCAAAAUAAGGAAUAUUUCGAAGCCACCGAUCCCGUCUCCCUCUAUGUACCAGCUCUUGUCCUCGCCUCCAAAUAUAUGCAUGAUACCGACACCUAUGAUCGAGUCUCGAACACAGAAUGGGCGGAAUCGCUGAAAAUGGAUCCGAAUGAAUUGAAUAAGCAAGAAUGGGAAUUGGUUGAGAAAUUGGACUGGAAUGUAGCCGUUAAAAACGACGAAUUCGAGAAGUAUUUGGAAAAGAUGGAAAAAUGGGUUGCCGGCGAUUUUAUGGAAAAGAAUGACUUCGCCACGUACAACGAGUUAUUGCAAUUGAGUUCAAUGAUCCCAAUCCUCGACAUUGUCAAACAACUCAUCGAAUUCAUCAGCUCGACCUCCCUUAUCUACUGUCUCACGCUUGCUCUGAUGUCGACCACCCUCUCCACUGUCUCGGAGCCAUCGACUUCGACCGAUGUCAACGUCACUGCCAAGGACAACAAUCAGACCUUUUCGCCAGUCUUCCUGUCGCCACGAACCCGAUCCGAUGACGCAAUCGAUGAGUUCGCAUUUGAAUUCAACCGUGAGACGAAGUGGAUGAACUACGAAGAAGACGCCGAGUACGAAAAGGAGAACGGAACGGAGACGGGAAUCUGCCCCUUCGAAUCCGCACGUCGAGCUAUCGAUAGAUUCCGACUCGCCCUUUCACCAUAUCUUUCUUGCUAUCGUCAGAAUUUUGAUAUUUUUAUAAAAUAA